GUCCAGGCUGUUGCCCAAAAACUUGCAUCAGUGGGUGUGGGUUGGUCGGUCGCAUGCCUUGCCUAGACUUCCGCUUUUUACUCCUGCCAAAACGUCUUUUUCUCCUUCCACCUCUCAACGCCGCAUCUUUUUUGCAUCUUAGGCACUUGUAGAAAAGGCGUCGCACAAGCACACCUUCAAGAUGCUGGCUCUCCGCUCAAUUGCCGCCGUGGCGCAGCGCCAAUGCCUGCGCGCAGCACCCCGCGCAACCGUCACCAUUUCGCUGCAGAACCAAAGAUACUACUCGUCUAGCGACCCGGUUGCCAAGUUUAAUGGAAAGAAGGACUCUAGUGGUCGCUAUACCGUCAGCUUGAUCGAGGGUGACGGCAUUGGCCCCGAGAUUGCCGUGGCCGUCAAGAACAUCUUCGCCGCUGCCAAGACACCAAUUGCUUGGGAGCCCAUCAACGUCGACCCGAUACUGAAGGAUGGCAAGACUGCGAUUCCCGACGCAGCUAUUGAGAGCAUCAAGAGAAAUAAGAUAGCCCUCAAGGGACCCCUAGCCACCCCGAUUGGCAAGGGCCACGUUUCCCUCAACCUGACUCUUCGGAGGACAUUCAACCUUUUCGCCAACCUGCGACCGUGCCGGUCGGUGGCUGGCUACAAGACGCCCUACGACAACGUCGACACGGUACUGAUUCGCGAGAACACGGAAGGCGAAUAUUCGGGCAUUGAGCACGUUGUGGUGGAUGGUGUCGUCCAGAGCAUCAAGCUUAUCACUCGCGAGGCUAGCGAGCGCGUUCUGCGAUUUGCUUUCCAGCACGCCCAGUCGAUUGGCCGCAAGAAGGUGCGCGUCGUGCACAAGGCCACCAUCAUGAAGAUGAGCGACGGUCUCUUCCUCAGCUGUGCCGAGCGCCUUGCCAAGGAGUACCCCGAUAUCGAGUUCGACGCCGAGCUGCUCGACAACACGUGCCUCAAGAUGACAACAGAUCCUCUCCCGUACAACGACAAGGUGCUGGUUAUGCCCAACCUGUACGGCGAUAUUCUGUCCGACAUGUGCGCUGGCCUGAUUGGCGGUCUUGGCCUGACUCCCUCUGGAAAUAUUGGGGACGAGUGCUCCAUUUUCGAGGCUGUCCACGGCUCAGCUCCGGAUAUUGCUGGCAAGGGUCUCGCCAACCCAACUGCGCUGCUUCUCAGCUCCAUGAUGAUGCUGAGACACAUGGGUCUGGGCGAGUAUGCCGACCGGAUCGAGAAGGCGGCUUUCGACACGUUGGCAGAGGGCAAGGCCCUCACCGGCGAUCUGGGCGGAAAGGCGUCGACACAGGAUUUCACCUCAGCCAUCAUCAACAAGCUAUAAUACCACCAUUCUCUAGUGUGAACAUCCUUCCAGCCCUUAGCCCUCGCUAGACUGUACUACAACUUUACUCUAUAUACCUCGUUUAUGACCUGAUAACACCCAUAACGGACCCAUAGGUGAUUGGCGGGUGAGCUGUUACCAUGGUUGCUGGAUAGAGAGCCGGGACGCGGUUUCCUUUGUUUUUGUUCAGUUAUGGCCAUGAUUAACCCAGCUGGGAUAUCUACCCCGAAGGUGCAUGUAUAUUUGGGUCGAGUCGUGGAAACUUGGCUCUGGGGUUGCUCUCAGCUUGUCCAAAAUAGUCAUGCUGCCGUUGGUAUAAAAUAGUACCUAUUAGGAAACUGCCGAGGUGUCACGGCGCGCAACGGCCGUAGCACACUAUAACCCACUACAGGUUGCAAGUCGUCGACUUGCAAUUCUGACAUCCUUUUGGGGGUUCUAGCGCAGUGGUAGUGGGUGCUGUGAGCUGGCG